AUGGGGGAUUCUGGUGGAAAAGUGAGGCUGGUUCGGUGCCCAAAGUGUGAGAAUCUUCUUCCUGAGCUAGCUGAUUACUCUGUUUAUCAGUGUGGUGGUUGUGGUGCUGUUCUUAGAGCGAAAAAGAAAAGGCAAGAUGGGGAUACUUUGUCAGAGAAGUCGGACGAAGAAACGGUGGGAGGAGUUUUUGCUACAUUGGCUAAUUCAGAUGAUAAAGGAGUUGUUGUUUUAAGUGAUGUUUCUGAUACAGAUGUUAAAUCAAGUGAAGGCUCUUUGGUUUCUGAUCAAAGGGUUCUAGAGAAGGAAGAUGCUGAGAUAUGCAAGAGGCCCUGCAAAGCUGCAACUGAUAACUGGGCUGUAGAUAAUGGCCUCAAUAUGAGCAUGAAGAAAGAUGAAGCGGGGAAUGCAGUGAGAAAUGUGAUGGGAAGAGAACAUGGGGAUUUGAGUUCUGGAUUCAGUUCCACGAGCUUAAGCCGAAGAUCAGCAUGGAUGGCAGCUUGGCAAGCUGAGGAGAGUGGUGCAAAAGAGGGGUUUCGAAGAAAUCCAAGAACUGAUGUGGAAGGUAUGAGGUCUUCGACUUCCAAUUAUCCAGACGAGGGUCCAUCAAAUUACCAGUUGGGGUCUUCUCACAGGAUAGGGGAAGCAUUGAGGAAAUCUAAUGACCAAGAUGGGGCAACAAGAGUUCUGACCCUUGAACAAGACCGAGCUGAGCUUCUGAGGAAGCUGGAUGAGUUGAGGGAUCAACUUAGUCGGUCUUGUGAUAUAGCUGGUAAGUCGAAAGAGAAAGCUCCUCUUGCUGGGAGAAUGGCUCCUCCAGAUCCUUAUGGUGGGUCUGACACUGCAUAUCCAGGUGCUUCUUUAGGACCAAAUAGACCUUCUAUGCAGUACCUUGGACCAGAUAAACAUGUUUCAGGACACCCUCAAUUUAAUCAAUAUCCUGAGCAUCUUCCCUAUACCAAUGGCCAUGAAACUGCUAUGCCUAGCUUCACUCCUUCCAUGCAUAAAUCGAACAAUUUUCCGGGUUAUGGGGACCCUUAUGGACCCCAAAUGCUCGGUGGAGCUCCACAUCCAUUUCCUAGGCAAUACCAACAGCCAUCCCAUCCAUACUUUUCUGGACAGUAUGCUGAAAAUCAUGCUGAUCCAUACGAAGUGCAUCCACAUAAUGCAAUGCUCCACCAACCUUCUUGCCCUUGUUUCUAUUGCUAUGAAAAACACAGACGGUCAUCAGCACCAGUUCCACCCACUGCUUUUCAAAACAAAAGGUUCCCCGAUUUCCCUAGCAAUCCCAUGUUGGCCCAUCCUGAAAACCCUGGGUUGCUUGGCCAUAAUGAUCACUACAGACAUAGGACUGUAGUUCCCCCGCCCUUUCAAGUUCCACAGCCCCAUACAAGAUGGCCAAGUGACCUUAACUCCUACACGGGCAGUUUUGCUCAUUCCCGUCCUCCGAGGACGGAGCUGGCCAGUGUUGGUCGACGAUGUCGUCCAUUUUCUGGUGGUGCUCCAUUUGUCACAUGCAACAAUUGCUUUGAAAUUCUGCAGCUGCCCAAGAAAGUAUUGCUCAUGGAAAAGAGUCAUCAGAAGAUAAGAUGUGGUGCUUGUUCUACUGUAGUUGAUUUUGCAGUUUCUAAUAGGAAAAUUGUUCUUUCUCAUCAUGCUGAGAUGAAACAAAAUCAUUCAGAAGUCGAUAAUAGCUUGAACGAGGUUGUUAGAGACAGUUCUUCACAUUCUCAUGGCCAUGUUUCCCGGGUCUAUGCUCAUUUCUCUUCUGAAGAUUAUGAUAAUUCUGGUUAUGAUUUUCAGUCUAUAGAUAGAGAACCUGCUCUACCAUUUCCACUACCAAGUUCAACAGCAAUCAAGCCUCAUGAGAUGCAAACCUUUCAUUCUUCAUCUCCCAGUACCUCUGAGGAUGAUUGCAACCCAGACGUUCCAGUUGCUCCAAGAGAUAUCACAAACUCUGCUCAGCAGCCUAUCAAAGCCACUUUUUCGCCACCACCUCCUGGUUCACCUCUGCAGGAUCAUUUUGAUUACUCAGGUAAUAACAUGGUAAACCGCCUUGGGAAGGGAAACCGAAGUAGUCGCUCAGAUCAAGAGAAGGUGAAGCCCAGUAAGAUUACGUCGAGACAAAAUUCCUUAAAAGAGACAUCGUUGGCCACGGAAAUGGAGGUAUCAUUCAAUGAGUACUCUAAUACUGGGGUUUCCCAAGAUUCGUGGGAUGCAAGCAAAGAGGAGGAUCAGCCAAAAGUCAACAAAGGUGGUGAUUCAUUCAUUGCCAACUUCAUUAAGAAGAGCUUUAGAGACUUUUCCAAGUCAAAUCAGACAAAUGAGAAUGGUAGGAGCAAUGUUUCAAUCAAUGGGCACCCCAUACCAGACCGUGUGCUGAAGAAGGCUGAAAAGAUUGCUGGAACAGUCCAUCCUGGACAAUAUUGGUAUGAUUUCCGAGCAGGAUUCUGGGGUAUCAUGGGUGGGCCUGGUCAGGGCAUAAUUCCUCCAUUUAUUGAAGAGUUCAAUUACCCGAUGCCGGAGAACUGUGCUGGUGGAAAUACUGGUAUUUUUGUAAAUGGAAGAGAGCUUCAUGAAAGGGAUUUGGAUUUAUUGGCCAGUAGAGGACUUCCCACUGCCAGAGAUAGAUCUUACAUUAUUGAGAUCUCGGGGAGAGUCCUAGAUGAGGACACUGGUGAAGAACUUGAUAGCCUUGGAAAGCUUGCCCCAACGGUUCAGAAGGUGAAGCGAGGAUUUGGAAUGAAGCCUCCAAAAGUACCUACAUGAUCAACUUUAGAAAUUACUGAUUGCUUCUGACAUUGGGUAGAAUCUCGAGUUUUCCAUCCUGAGCUAGAAAGUAAAAUCAUGAAAAGAAGAAGAAACCCAAGAAGAGGUCCCGCACAGAAUUGUAGAUUACCGUAAAUGAAUGAUAAGCUGCUGAGGAUGGUUGGUACUUAGUAGGCUGGUUUUGUCUCAAGUCUUGUGCAUUCCUUGAAGUAGACUAGUUUUGUCUCGGCACAUCAAAAUGAUCAUGUGCUCUACUAUGAUUGUGCUAUGUAGAUCAAGUAGGUUUCUCUUUCAGCUGACAUCCAAUUUUUCCUGUAUAUGGUUUGGCUUCUCUUUUCUUCCUAAUAUAUACUCCAAAGUUGUAAAUUCAUCUUGUUCAAAUGUUGGUUUUACAAUUUCAUCUCC